AUGAAGUUCUUCUCCAUCCUUCUUCUCGUCGCCUCGGUCAGCGCUGUCGCUAUUGAGCCCCGUCACCACAAGGGUAACACCGGUGGCAAGGGAGCCGCUGCUGCUGCCAACACCAAUGCCAACGCCAAUGCCGCCAACGCCAACGCCAAUGCCAACGCUGCCAACAACGCCGCGGCUGCUGCUGCCACUGACGCUGCUUGCAUCACUGCUCGUCACCACAAGGGUAACACUGGUGGUGCCGCCAACGCCGCCAACGCCAACGCCAACGCGGCUGCUGCCAACUGCGCCAACUAG